GACAACACAGGGCUUUACCAUCAACACCAGAGCAAAUGGCACUUUUUGUGGAUUUUAUCUUCUUCAGUUCCACCACUGUGCUGGGAGCUGCUGUUUUCCUGUUUGUUUUUUCUCUUAUCUCUAUCAAUUACAUCUCUAUGGAAAGGAGGAAGGAACCCCCAGGACCGAGACCUCUGCCUCUGCUUGGCAACCUGUUGCAAAUUGAUCUCAAGAGACCCUACAAAACUCUUUGUGAGCUUUCAAGGAAGUACGGGUCUGUAUUUACGGUUCAUUUUGGAACCAACAAAGUCGUCGUCCUGGCUGGGUAUGAGGCAGUCAAAGAGGCACUGGUCAACUAUGCAGACGAGUUUGGAGAGCGAGGCAUCUCCCUGAUAUUUAAUGAUCUGAACCAAGGUUAUGGAAUUCUGUUUGCAAAUGGAGAAUCAUGGAAAGAGCUGAGACGUUUUGCCCUCACCACCCUCAAGGACUUUGGGAUGGGAAAGAGACUUUCCCAGGAUAAAAUCUUGGAGGAGUGUGGCUAUCUGAUUCAAGUGAUUGAAGAGCACAAAGAGAAACCAUUUGAUACAGCACUUCCAAUAAAUUAUGCAACAUCCAACAUUAUCUCCUCUAUUGUGUAUGGAAGCAGAUUUGACUACAGUGACCUCGUAUUCAAAAACAUGGUGAAGCGAACCAAUCAAAACAUAUCGCUCAUAGGUUCUGCAUCAAUCCAGCUUUAUAACAUGUUUCCCAGGUUGUUCAGUUGGAUAAAAACCCGCCAGGCCAUAUUAAAAAAUGUUGAAAUGAAUAUCAGCGAUAUAAAGGAUUUAAUCAAGCGCCUGAAAGAGACGCUGGAGCCUGGAUCGUGCCGAGGGCUUGUGGACUGUUUUCUGCUUCAGAAACAGAAAGAAGAAGACUCUUGCAUUUUGGACACUCACUACAAUGAGGAGAACUUGACAUUCACAGUGACCAACCUGUUUGCUGCUGGUACUGACACCACAGCAGCCACACUGAGGUGGGGUUUGCUGUUAAUGGCUAAAUAUCCACAUGUACAGGAGCAAGUCCACGAGGAGCUGAAACAAGUAGUAGGAAGUCGUCAAGUCUGUGUCGAUGAUCGAAAAAACCUGCCGUACACUGAUGCAGUCAUUCACGAGACUCAGAGACUGGCUAAUAUUGUCCCUAUGUCUCUUCCUCACCAAACCAGCCGAGACGUCACCUUCCGCGGAUUCUUUAUCAAAAAGGGAACUAUUGUGUUUCCCCUUCUAACCUCUGUCCUGUAUGAUGAGAGUGAAUGGGAGAGCCCACACACUUUCAACCCCUCUCAUUUCCUGGAUAAGGAGGGUAAAUUUGUCAGGAGAGAUGCCUUCAUGCCCUUUUCUGCAGGUCGCAGAAUGUGUCUUGGUGAAAGUCUGGCUAAGAUGGAGCUCUUCCUGUUCUUCACCUCCCUCAUUCAGCGCUUUCGUUUCACUCCUCCUCCUGGAUUUACAGAGGAUGAACUGGAUCUCACACCAGCUGUGGGAUUCACCCUCCCUCCAUCACCUCAUAUGCUGUGUGCUGUCAGUCGCCAGUGAGACACAAGGAUCUUGCUUGCGACAAUAGCAUAGCCAUUGUCUUCAUCUACCUAAUGGCCAGCAGAUCCCCAUCCUCAACUCUAGGAAAAGGCAAGCAGCAAGGAAGCCAUUUAUCUAAGUCACUUCUAACAAGUGAAAUAAAAUUGUGGUGCAGAGAAUCAACAGUGUCAUUCAAAUUUGGGGUCACAGACCAGAAUUUUGUUGAAUUUGUGUUUUUUAAAUUAAGUUAUAAGCACACUAUACUCAAUAUUACUACUUCAUCCCACAACAGUUUUUAGACUGUGUAAAUAAUUGUAAAAAUGAUGCAGAUUCUUUGUAAAUUUUAUUUACAGGAAAGACAUUUGGAAAUGUGUAUUUU